GCAAUUGUCAAAACUGACUAAGAACAAAACGCAUUUAUUAUUCUCUACCGAAGCGUGUUUCAUGCGAAUUUAUUUUGCUAUUAGAUUAAUUGCCGCUACUCUUGUGCUAAAAUACUUUUAAAACGCAUUCAAUUAACUUAAAGCGUAGUUUAUUGUGUAAUCUAAAUCUAAGUGUUUUAGUUUAUAAAUAAGACAACAUGGUUGUUGUAUCUCCAUCGUUUUCUGUACCGGCCGAAGGUAUUUUGAUGCAAUUGCCUUCGGUUAAUUUAAUAGUAAAUAACGAUGUGGAUUUGGGUACGGCAACGCUGUACAUAACUGAACACAAUGUGGUGUGGGGCGGAGGAGUGGGCAGACAAGGAGGUCCGUCCCCUACAGUGACCCUCAUGUACCCAAACAUCUCCCUACACGCCAUACAGAGGGACCCUGGACCAGGACUCAUUCUGGUCAUCAACCAUGAACUUAGUUUACCAGAAAUGACGCAACAGGGCGCUGGCGACGCGCCGGUAGAUGAUGACGAUGAAUACGAUGCUGAUGAGGAGCCCAUGACCAAACUAAGGUUCGUUCCACAAAACGACAAUGAUUUAGAAGCAAUGUUUGUGGCAAUGAACCAGGGCCAGUCCUUGCACCCAGACCCUGCAGACGAGAUCGAUGAAGAUGAAGACCCUUACAUGGAUGGAGAGGAAUUUGAUGAAGGAGAAGAUGAGUUUGAAGACGCAGAAGAAAGCAAUAUGUCCGCCGAGGACGCGGCCGCGAGGCUCCGGCAGAUGAGGCUGGAGAACGUCAACGGUACACAUGAACAAGUAAACAAUGAAGCAGAGGAUGCAGAUAUUGCGGAGUGAUCAGCUAAACAUAUUUGUUAAUUAUUAUUAUUACUUGCUUCUUCUAUCUCUAUUCUACUACACACAUACUUUAAUACUCGAUAACCUCAUAUGUUGAAUAUACAUCAACAGUCAAUGAGUGCCCACUGCAGAGCAAAAGCCUCUACUCACAUGGAGACGGUUUGAUCAUUAAUCACUACAUUUGCUAAAUACAGUAUACAGAAAUGGCAAGUUCAGAUAAAUAUAAGUAUAAAGGGCAUUGAUUAAAAUUGGUGCCUUUCUUUUUUUCUGGCGGCAGUCGAUGAUUUAUGGAAAA